UAAACACGCGCACAUGCUCUCUCUCCCCCUCUCUCUCCCUCUCCCUCUCUCUCUCACUCUCUCACACACGCGCACACGCUCACAUUUGUGCAUCCUGUAUUUUUUACGCACCGGGAUAGCGGGCGCUGUGUAAGCGGUCGUGGAUUAUGAUGCCAGUUUUUAUAACAGCGGAAUAUUAUUGGCUUCUCCCGCGGCUCCGUCUGUAAAUAGCACACACACAGAAAAGAAGAAGAAGGGGAAGAAGAAGAGGACAUAGCGCGUGUUUAUUUUUUAUUUUUUUAAAUCAUUAUUUAAUUAUCACCAUUAUUUCUACCAUUAUUAUUAUUCAUAUCACUAUUUUUUUCCCAGAUUUAUCUCUAAUUUGGCUCCACGUUACUUCUGAGCGCUGAGAGACCGCAAAGACACGCAAAGCCCACGUUCAAUGCCGGUGGAACAUGUCCUAUGUUCCCUUUCAAGAUGCAAGGUGUGCCGUCCCCCCCUCCUAUCAUCAUCACCUUCAUCGCUCCCACGCCCACGCCGUCCACGCUCCCUCCUACGACCGCCCUGCCCAAGAGCGUCCCGCCUACAACCGUCCCUCCUACGACCGUCCUUCCAUCGACCGUCCUUCCUUCGAACGUCCUUCUUACGAACGUCCUUCCUUCGACCGUCCUCCCUUCGACCGUCCUUCCUUCGAACGUCCUUCCUUCGACCGUCCUCCCGUCGACCGUCCUCCAUUCGACCGUCCUCCCUUCGACCGUCCUCCCUUCGACCGUCCUUCCAUCGACCGUCCUCCCUUCGACCGCCCUUCCUUCGACCGUCCUUCCAUCGACCGUCCCUCCAUCGACCGUCCCUCCAUCGACCGUCCCUCCUUCGACCGCCCUUCCUUCGACCGUCCCGGUCCCGUGUACAACCGCUCCUUCCACGAGCGCCCCAUCUACGACCGACCAUCACACGACCAUCCACCCCAGCCACCCCAACCACCCCAAGACCGCUGGAACCCCCGUGUUCGUGUGAGCCCUGGGAAUCAGAUCUACAUGUUGGACCAGGAGGAGGUACACCCUUUGCUGAUGCGCGAAAGGCGCUCAGAGUCUCACAGGAACAAGCUACUGCGGCGGACAGUCAGCGUUCCUGUUGAGGGACGGCACCAUCCUGAGAUGGAUCAUCGCCCCCGGCGGAAGAGCAUAGCUACAGGGAAGCAGCCCAGCAUGGAUGUCUCUCCCACUGCCCCCCCUCAACCCUUCCGACAAUCCAGUUUCCUCAGUAGAAGGUUGAAGGGCUCGAUCAAGAGGGCCAAGAGUCAGCCCAAACUGGACCGAACCAGCAGCUUCCGCCACAUGAUCCUACCCCGCUUCCGCAGUGCCGACCAAGACAGGACUCGUUUGAUGCAGAGCUUCAAAGAGUCCCACUCCCAUGAGUCCUUGCUGUCCCCCAGCAGCGCUGCCGAGGCGCUGGACCUCACCCUGGACGAGGACGCCAUCAUCAAACCUGUCCACUCCAGCAUCCUGGGACAAGAGUACUGUUUUGAGGUGACUACGGCAUCGGGAACCAAGUGCUUUGCGUGUCGCUCAGCUGCAGAGAGAGACAAAUGGAUCGAGAACCUGCAGAGAGCUGUCAAGCCCAACAAGGACAACAGUCGGAGAGUGGACAAUGUGCUCAAACUGUGGAUCAUCGAGGCCCGCGAGCUUCCAGCCAAGAAGCGCUACUACUGCGAACUUUGUCUGGACGACAUGUUGUACGCACGAACCACCAGCAAGCCCCGCACCGAUACCGUGUUCUGGGGCGAGCACUUUGAAUUCAACAACCUCCCAGCUGUCCGCAACCUACGCCUUCACCUUUACAAGGAGACGGACAAGAAGAGACGCAAGGAAAAAAGCACAUACUUAGGACUUGUAAGCAUCCCCAUCUCAAGCAUCACCGGGCGUCAGUUUGUGGAGCAGUGGUACCCGGUCAUCCAGCCCAGCGUCCUCACCAAAGGGGCCGGCGUCGGCGGAGGAAAGAUCAUCAACGCAUCGCUACGCCUCAAGUCCCGCUUCCAGACCAUGAACAUCCUGCCCAUGGAGCUGUACAAGGAGUUUGCCGAGUACGUCACCAACAACUACCGCACCCUGUGUGCCGUGCUGGAGCCUGUGCUGAGCGUCAAGAGCAAAGAGGAGGUGGCGUGCGCGCUCGUGCACAUACUGCAGAGCACGGGGAAAGCUAAGGAUUUCCUCUCAGACAUGGCGAUGUGUGAGGUAGACAGAUUCAUCGACCGCGAACACCUUAUCUUCAGAGAGAACACUCUGGCCACCAAAGCCAUAGAAGAGUACCUCAAACUGAUCGGACACAAGUACCUCAAGGAUGCUAUAGGGGAGUUCAUUAGGGCCUUGUAUGAGUCGGAGGAAAAUUGCGAAGUGGACCCCAUGAGAAUACCACCCUCCGUUCUCCCGGACCACCAAGCCAAUCUCCGAAUGUGCUGUGAGCUGGCACUCUGCAAGAUUGUUAACUCCCAGUGCGUUUUCCCCCGGGAGCUGAAGGAAGUGUUUGCCUCCUGGAGAGUUCGCUGCGCCGAGAGAGGUCGCGAGGACAUCGCCGACCGCCUCAUCAGCGGCUCCCUCUUUCUGCGCUUCCUGUGUCCCGCCAUCAUGUCCCCGUCGCUCUUCAACCUCACGCAGGAGUAUCCCGACGAGCAGACGUCGCGCACGCUCACCCUCAUCGCGAAGGUCGUGCAGAACCUGGCCAACUUCUCCAAGUUUGUCACUAAGGAGGAGUACAUGUGCUUCAUGAACGAGUUUUUAGAGAUGGAGUGGGGCUCCAUGCAGCAGUUCCUGUACGAGAUCUCCAACCUGGACAGCGUCAGCAGCGCCGGAGGCUUCGAGGGCUACAUCGACCUGGGCAGGGAGCUUUCCAUACUGCACAGUCUCCUGUGGGAGGUCAUAGCUCAGCUCAGCAAGGAUGCCAUCAUCAAACUGGGUCCGUUGCCCCGCCUCCUGAAUGACAUCAGCAUGGCCCUGCGUAACCCUCACCUGCAGAGGCAGCCCAGCCAUCAGACAGACAGGGUCCCGGAGAGACAGGCCGACAGGCUGCUGUCACGGCCGAGCUUCAACAGAGGCAUCUCGUCCGACUUUCAGAAUCUCAUGAUGAGGGAUCUGAACAGCUCUAUAGAUAUCACUCGCCUGCCUUCCCCUACCUCCACCGGAGGGGUCUUGCCAUCCCGCGGCCAGCUGAGUUUUCAGGACCGUGACCAUCCUCAUCGAGCGGCCUCCAAAGACAUGUUUUAUGUGUCCCGUCCUCCUCUGGCUCGAUCCAGCCCGGCCUACUGCACGAGCAGCUCGGACAUCACCGAACCAGACCCUAAGGAUUCCCGCAUGAACAGCGUGUCUAACCUGCAGUCGGUGGACAUGCUCAACUCCUCCCAGGCCUCCAUCGCUGGCAUGGGCAGCUUCGGAGGGCUGAGCAGCGGAGGCGGUGGCGGCCUGGGGUCGGGCCUGAGCAGCCAGCUGCGGGCCGGUGGGAGGUUGUCAGCUGGCUCUGGCGGCUCCAGCAUGUCGGGCGGCCUUCGGCUGAGCCAGCUGAGCCAGAUGGGCACCACCACCGACUCGCUAUCCCAGCAGCAGCAACAGCAGGCCGCCGCCAUGCGCUACCCGCUUUCCUUCCAGAAUCCCCUCUUUCAUCUGGCGACCGCUGACGGGCCCCAACAGCAACAGCUCCAUCACCAGCACAGCCGGGCCCAACCCACCGCGCCCCUGCUCCUGGCCCCAGAGCCCGAUCCCUCCCACCAGGGCUACAUCCCACAGUUCGCCCACGGGGGGUUCUCUCGCAGCGAGGACCUGUCCACCCUCAGGACCAGGGACGGUCACCUGGGUCAACCCAGCAUCAUCCACUCACACAGCUACAGCGAUGACUACAGCAGGGCUGAAUAUGGACGCAGGCAGAUGUCCAUGCACGUGCAGGUAAACGACAACCUCCAACAGCAGCAAAUGAUGGGCAUGACGUCCCAGACUGGAACCUCCCACUCUUCCCUGGCCACCACGCCCCCCUCCACAGUCCAACCCGUGCGCCAGAGCUCUGUUGCCCCACCUCCCACUCAACGCGUCAAAUCCCAGACCUCCCACCAGCUGUCCGUGAGCGCCGCUGCCGCUCCCGUCGCUCCGGCUAAAACGCGACCGCAGAGCGGGAACCUCCUCCAGUCGCCGGAGACCGGCUACGGCGGCAGGCAGCAGCAGCAGCAUCAGCAGCAGCAGCAUCAGCAGCAGCAGCAUCAGCAGCAGCAGCACGGGCCCCGACAGCUGUCCGUAAAAGACAACACUGCCCCGGGUCUGCCCCACCAGCAGAGCUCCGUCAGGGAAAGCCAGAGUCCGCAGGGAACCACCAGUCAGACCACUCAACAGUCCCCGCAGCAGCAGUCUCAGCAACAGCAGCAGCACCUUCUCAAACCCACCAUGAGCAAACAGGGUUCCCAGUCUCCAUCCACCCUCAAUCCCCCGACCCCAGCCAACGAGCGCACAGUGGCGUGGGUGUCCAACAUGCCUCAUCUGUCCGCUGACAUUGAAAGUUCUCGCAUUGACCGUGAAGAGUUCAAGCUGAAGGAGUACUCCAAGAGCAUGGAUGAGUCACGCAUGGACAGGGUACGCGAGUACGAGGAGGAGAUCAACUCCCUGAAGGAGCGCCUGAUCAUGUCCCACAGGAAGCUGGAGGAGUACGAGCGCAGGAUGCUGACGCAGGAGCAGCAGACCAACAAGAUCCUGCUGCAGUACCAGAAUCGCCUGGACGACAGCGAGCGGAAGCUACGGCAACAGCAAGUGGAGAAAGACUCCCAAAUUAAAGGAAUAAUUAACAGGAAAGAAGACAUGGAAUGAAGACAGAGACAGUCCUGCUCGUCUUUUACGGGGAAACAUCUAGAACGGCCGAAGCACAUUGUACUGUAUAUAAAACCAUCAUCACUUAGGGCCCCGCCCGUCCAUGUCUUUGUGCCGCUGCACUUUUCAUCCUCUCUUUUUUCCUUCUUUCUUUUUUUCUAAUGGACAAAGCGCUUUGCUUUUAACCAGAUCUCGUGGUCACUGGAGGUGAAUCCACUUAGAAUAACUUUCCAGUCAACUCUCCCACGAGGUUACACUGUAAAAGCACAAGGAGGAGGAGUCAAACUUUUUUAUUUAGUGUGAUUUUAUGGGUUUUUUUCUCCUCGGACCUUCAGGCACAGGACUGCAUAGGACUGCAGGAUUUUUUUUUUUUAUUAGAUCUUCCAUUUAAAAUCCAAGAGAAGCGUGAUCACCGGAGGGACAGCUGAUUCUGCACAGUGAUCACAUGGACCAGUCGAUCUCUACACUCGUUUUCUACGCCUCUUAGACACAUGAUGAUGCUUUGGUGUAAAAAAGAAAAAAAAGAAAAAGGGUCACAGACAAAGCUUCAAUCAGUCUGUGAGUGAGUGACUGAGUCAAAGCACUUAUUGAUUAUUGCUGCUCUGGAGAACGAGCGGAAUGAAAAUCUGUGUGUGUGUGUGUGUGUGCGCGUGUCGGGGACACUGACGCGUUCUCCGAGGCUUACGCUCGUAGCUCGUGUGACUCUCGUGCUCCGACCACACGACCAUGAACUUAAGUAGCAGACGCCGACGCUUCCGACAAAGUCUCACUGAGCCCAGACCGCAGUUUAGACGUCGUCUGAAUCCAAGACGUGGGUCGUUCUGGAUCCGACGACAAACCAGAGCCUUAUAGGUGCUUUUUUUUUUUUUUUUUUUUUAUCCUAAAUUAAUGUUUAUUUUACUAGUUUUUUUCUUUUCCAUUCAAAUCUGUUACUUGAUGCAAGUGCAAGCUCAGGUUCUGCAACACGGGAGCAACGCUGAAUCCCUGACUCCUGCACAGGCUUGAAAAAAAAGAAAAAAUCUCCUUUUUAUCUGCAGAACUAACACACUUAGCAUCGUGUUCCAAGUGUCAAGAGAUUUUUUUUUUCCUUUCAGAGAAGCCUUAAUGCUGCGUGCAUAAACAUUAAAGUCACUUCUUCUUCUUUUUUUUAACCUAACAAUCUAAUUUAAACCAAAGCCAAAUGUUAAGUUUAGGUCACGCUUAGUUAAAUCCACUGAAAACACUUUACCUGUAGCACUUUCCUUUAGGGCUCUGAUCCCAUUAGAGUAGUAAUCCCGUUAGUCGGCUGCAGGCUUCCUAUUUUUUAAAUGUAUUCUAUUUAUUUUUGGUUAAAACAAAUAUGAUCUUAUCGUCCCGGAGCUUUUUUUUUCACGUUUUUUGACACGUUUGAGGGCGAAAAUAGAGGGAAAAAAAAAUAUGAAUAAAAAAUCAAUGAUUGAAUUGAUUGUACCUGUCAUAGUAAUAAUUUAUUUUUAACUAUAAUCCAUAGCAUAUUCUAUAGGUCUGUGAUGCAAGAGCCAUAACAAUAAUAAUAAUAAUAAUAUAUAAAAUAAAUAAAUCUAUCUAUCUCUAUAUAUAUAUAUGAGUUCUAUUCAGAGUGAGAUUUUAACUAUUUUAACCUUGCAAUAGCAAACUUUUAAGCAGGGCAAGCGCAAUAAUAGCUACAAUAUGUCGACACCUGCGUUUAAUGUACAUAAAGUGACUUCCUGCUGAAACCUUUCUACCUGGUGCCGUCCACAGUACGAAAACAGAGGGAAAUAAAACACUGGGAUACGAAAAAGUACACAAAAAAAAUGAAGAAAUAAAUAAAAGAGAGACAACGUGUGACAAAAACUCUGACAAAAAACAGUGUGUGUGCUUAAGUUGUUUCUUUUGGCUUUCUCUGUACGGUGUUUGUGAUUUUUCUCUGCAUUUUUAACUGAAAGACUGCAAUGGAUGUGUAUUCUCAUUAUUAUCAUCAUUAUUAUUAUUAUUAUUAUUAGUAUUAUUAUUAUCUAUUAAUUCAAGCGAGAAAUCUUACACCUGUACGAUUUGAUUUCCAUUUUCUUUUGCUGUAUAUGCUCGCUCCGUCAUUGGUGGUGUUCCAGUGACGUGGUGAUGGGGAAAUAGUUAGAUAGUCACAACUUAUGCAGUCACCGUAUCCGUUUUUUUAAAUCUCAUUAUUACCAUGACGAUUAAAAAGGGCAACUCUAUUGUUACUAUUAUGAUUCCUUUUCUUUGUUUGUCUGACUUUUCAGAGCUUAUAGAUAAUAUUCUGGUGUCAGUAUAUAUCUGCCUCUCUUUUGUAGCAAGAAUAUAUUGAUAUAGGCAAAAUGUUUCAAUCUUGCAAAUGAAAUCAAAGUGGUGAUGAGUUGUGGCUUUGAUUUGUGUGCGUGUGUGUGCGUGUGUGUGUGUGUGUGUGUGUGUAACAUGGCUUGUAGCAACAGCCAAGGGUUUUUAAAUUCACUUUACACAAACCUGUGUCAAUCCGUUGCAAAUAACUCUCGGUGUGUUUCAAGCACAAAGGGUUCGACGAGGAUCGGGUUUAACCGGUCACACGGUGGUGAUGGGGGGGUGAGUUUUGGCAGCGUGGUGGUUUGACGCAGGUCUGUUCACCUUCCGUUUGGCUUGAACAUGAACUCUUUACAUCCUCUCUGUCUGUGUAGCAGAAAUAUUCCGACCUUGUGACCUCACGUUGUUCGACGACACUCGCGUUGUUGUUUUUUUUUUUGGACCAUGAUUAUGUACGACUUGACCUCAGAAGCACACUACUUGAAGUACAACUGCAUAGAAAAACAACAACAAACAAACAAACAUGUUAUUUUACUCCGCCCCCACCACCCACUCUCUUUGUAACACAUCACCCACAUGAAUCAUCGUCUGCCUUUUGAAGUCAUGUCAAGACUUAAUGCUGUAAACCCAUGUUACAUUCCAUUGUUCUUCUGGGACAGUGCUAAUAUUUCUGUCUGUGCUUAUGACUGAUUCUUUUCUUUCUCUCUCUCUUUUUCUUUUCCUCUUCUCUAUCCCUCUUCCUCUCUUUCUUCUUCUUCUUCUUCUUCUUUUGUAAAAACGACACUGUACAUUAUUUAUGGAAUAAAACAU